UCACAUGAAAGAAGUUUUAUUUUGAAAGUUGUGUGCCGGAAGUUAUGGUUUUGCUUUGACUGGCAUGACACCAGUGAGGUGAGCAGGCAGAAAACCACGCUGCGGAAAUUUUGUAGAACUACAGAAUGGAGGUAUCAAGGAGAAGAAUCCUCCAAAAACAUCUGGAGCCUGCGAGACCUCUGCGUCGCUGCAUCCACAUUGACAUUGAGCCCAAAAUAAAUGCUGCUACAUGUGCACAGGCACUGAUGGAGGAAGUGGAUCAAGAGACAAGUGUUGGCAUAGAGCAGUUCUACAAAAUUGUCAACAUCCACAAACAGAAAGAAGGCAGAAUAUCUUACACAAGAGAUUUUUUAAUUGGGUUGGCAAGUUGUCCAGAGGCCAGGAAGAAGCCAGAAUUCUUGCCAGAGCACCCCAUAGUCUUAACUGAGGCAAGAGAUCCUGGUGACCUAAAGCUUCAUGAAAUUAGGUGGAGUGGUGGAAAAGAGGAAAUGGUGGCAGAAAGGCUUGACUCACCUUAAAAAAAUUUGCACAGGUGUUGACUGUUUACCCCAAGGAGUGUUUCUGUUGUUUUUUGCUUAUUGCUUUUGUUGUUGAAUUUUAUUUAACUGGCAAUUUAUAUUGCAUGUUUAUUAUUUGAUAAAUAUUUGAGGUGGAGUUGCAAAAAGUCAUAACACUAGAGACCACUUUAUUUGCUUAAGUAUGAGAAUUGCAUUUUUGCUUACAUUAUUUGCUGUGUAUGAUUUUUGACUAUGGUAAAUUAUUUAUAUUGUGUAAAAAAGUUCUAAACACAAGAUAUUAGUGGCUACUUUUCAAGAGACCUACCUAAAGCGACACUGAUCAAAGUGAUGUUUGUCAUCAGCUCUAGUAGCUAGGCUCACAUCAGCAUUGUGAUUUAUCGUGUCUUACUAAACAUGUUAAUCUCUUCUCUCAUAAAAGACAGUUUGACUCAACA